AUGACUGAAAAGGAUUUAGUACAUCACUAUAAAGUGUUGAAACAAUUCUUGGAUAUAUCAGAUGACCUGGCACUGAGAAGCAAAACAAAUUCAACCAGAGCAGCUAGAGCUAGAGAAAAACUUUUGAAGCUUUCUGAAGCUCAAUUUAAGGAGUUGAGCACUGAUGUGUAUGAUGAGCUAAGAAGAAGAAUAGAUGAGUCAAGAGGAGAGCCUGAUUAUUUACUACCAAAGUCUUCGUUUCACCCAAAAAGGAACCAAGCAAGGCAAAAGUUAUCUUCAUUACCCCAACUGAGAUUUAAAGACUUGGUAUCUGAUAUCUCUUAUGAAAUUGAACGAAGAAAUUUGCACACUGAAUAUUUAGAGGACUCGAAUACGAGAAGAUUAGAUGGAGAGCAUGCUGGUCCUGCGACUGAUCAUGAGUCAGAUCGACUUGAAUUGAAUGAUAAAAAUCAUUCCAGCCCUGACAAAAAAGUGAAUGGGUCUCACAGUCGAAAUCCUAAUGAGCAGAACACUGACUUCAAAAAUCAAACGAUUGGAGUUCAAUCAAAGACAGUUGUUCCAGAAAAAGCUAAUUUGACCUGGUCAAGCGACGACGACGAUGAGGAAGAGGAGGAGGAUGAAGAAAAUGGUAAAGGAGCAGACUCUAAGAAUAAAGCUAAGAACUCUUUGCCUUAUUCACUAGAUUCAGACGAGAAUGAUAAAGUGAUUGCUGACUUAAAAGUGCAAUUGGAUACAUUGAGGUCCGAAAAAGAGGAGUUGGAGAGAAAAACGUCUUCUCUUCAAGAUGAUUACCAAAAUUUGGUUAAACAAAAUAGAGCACUAAGUGAAGAGCUUGACGUUCUAAGUGAUGAAAAGCAGAAAUACCAAAUUAAAAAAUCAGAUUCGAUGGUGAGUAAUAACAAAUUAUUAGAGGAUUUUGAAGCCCAAAAGGCAGCUAAUGCGGCAUUGCGGUUAGAAAUACAAUCAUUGAAGAACUCAACGUCAAGGAGAAACACCAGUUUGCGUGAGUUAAAUUCAAGUUCCGGAAGUAUCCACUAUAACAAUACACCCAAUAAUCAAGCCAAGAAUUUAGGUCUGACAGCACCAGCACAUGAUGUUAGAAAGGAAAUGGAGUUAGUUCUUGAGAAACUCUCAGACUUAAAUAUUAGCAGACAACCGGUAGAAGAGAAUAGCAUUCUUGACCUCAAACAUGAAAUUACGAAAUGGCAGAGCAAGUACGAGGAAGCGCGUUCAAAUCAAAUUUCGAGAGCAUUUUCUACUGAGAUGGUGCGUCCUGGAAAGUUAGGAGAAUAUAUAUCACUGUCAGGUCUAAUUUCUAUUAGGUUGAUAUCUGACUUUCAUUCUUUGGUAGAAAGUUUUAUGAUUAAUCUUGAUGCAACGUUAAUUAACUGUGAUUUACUUUUUGAAAAGAUUGCAAAACUAUCGGUUCUUAUAAAUGAGAUAGCUGAGCAGGGAGACAAUAAAAUUUUGAAUAGUAAUGAGCACUCAGUAAAUCUUCGUGAGUCAACGACAUAUGCUCUUACUGCAGUGAGAUAUUUCGCAUCAUUUGAUGUUAUUUUACCUAAAGUGGUGGUAGAACGAUCGAUUGGUGAAAUAUGCUUUAGCUUGUGCGAGUUAAUAAGCGCUUCAAAGUUAAAUGAAAAUUCUUAUAAUUCAAGAAGGGUUGAAAGUGAUGAGGUAAAAUUAUCAAAGCCAGCAACAAGUGUUGCCGAUAACUUCGAUGCAAGACCCUUGAGAAUGGCAAAUAGGCUUAGACAGCAACAAACUCAAUCUCAGGAUGAUCUUGUCGGAUUUAGUUCCCCCAAGGAAAAUGGAAACGGAAACACUGCCCCUCCUUUAAAUUCUGAGACUAUUGCUGGAGGACAAAGUAAUCUAAAGUUAAAUGAUGACUCUUCUCGCUUUAAUAUUAAUGAAGAAGAUAUAAAGAAAGAGAGAGAUUUAGCCCCCGUGAUAGAUGAUCGUGGGAACACGGCCGGAUCUUUGAAAAGCACUAAUGCUGAUAACUUGUCAUUUGAUAGAUCAAUUCCUGAGAAUCCUAACAGAAGUGGCACUCUUGGCCAAACACCAGCUUCCUCUAGUAUUGCAGCAAUUAGUUCCAAAGAUAUCACGGGUAGUGAUGAUGGUUUACUGUCUACAAGUGGAACUCCAGAGAAGAAAUCUAUUUCUAAGACAGAAUCUAAACUGGCCUCCCCUAAGGACAGUUCACCGGGUAGAUCAACGCUGUCGAAGAAUAUACUUGAUCGAGUGAAGCAAUUUGAGAGCCCAGACAAUGAUAAAGUCGAUGGGUCAAAGAUAGUAAAUGAAAACAUUCUGAAUUCAGGGUCAUUGCCCGUAAGAAAUAAAAGUUUUUUCCAAUCAUUAAGAGAUAAGCUUAGUACAGACAAUGAUGAGCAAAAUGUAUCACAUAAGGGCCUGAAUUCAGUAAUGUCAACGGAACAAGAAGAACCAACAGGACUGACUGAACAAAGUAGAAAUGUUGAAGCUAAAGAGACUAAUGGAAGUAGGCUCGAUGUCAAUGACCAAGAUUCUAUUGACGAAGUUUCUUUUAUAAAUAGGGAUUCUAGUAACAAAGCUCCAACUGGUGAAUCAGAGCCCAUUGGUAGCUAUAAUAAAAUUGAGACAGAGAAGAUAGAAGAGGAGAAUUUAAGUGAUAGCACUGGUGAAAUUUAUUCUGAAGAUGAAAAUAAUUCCGAAGAGAAGAAAGCAAGACACAGGCAAGAGCAAAGGAAGUCUGUCGCAGCGGCUACUUUCAAUAUUGAUUUGUUCGAUAUUGAUGAUCCAGAUAACACCUUAACCCAGGUUCUAUUAUAUCUUGAACACCAAACAGUCCAGGUCAUCACAACCAUUCAAUCGUUGUUAUCUGCUAUUAAAAAGCCAAAUGCAACCAGAGGUGAUCUUCGCGACAAGUCACAAGCUAUAACUGUAGUUAUUUCUCAAAUGACUGAGGCAACAAACACAUCAAUGAAUCAAACUCGUAAUUCUCAGUUGAAAGAACAUGGAAGCUGGGUUGUCAAAAGCUUGGAAGACUGCAACCACAGAAUGAAUAUUUUGUGUAAGCCAAAUUCUCAAAAGAAUGAUACAGACUUUGCUGAUAAGAAUUUCAAGCAAAGACUAGCCGGUAUAUCUUUUGAUAUAGCCAAGUGCACCAAGGAGCUUGUAAAAACUGUUGAGGAGGCUAGUAUUAAGGAAGACAUUGCGCACCUCGAUGCUAGAUUAAACCAUCAAGAUGAUUUGACUUAA